UCCGAACUGAGUUGUUGUUAUAAUUUAUAAAUAGAUGCUUAAUCAUUUUAGUAUUUUAUAUAAUCGGAAUAUAGAACGUAUAUUAUAAUAUUAUAGGUAUAUACUCGCAGUAGGUGGAAAAUAUUAAAAAAAAACACAUAAAACCAUUACUUUCUCUUAUAAUAAUCUGCAGGUAUGAUGUGUAUAAGGGUGACCAUACUUCAAAAAAAAAAAAAAAAAAAAAACAGGACACGUCUUUUUUGUAAUGAGUAAAAUACAGGUAUGUUGAUUGUCAAAACACGAAACAAUGUACAAUAUUUAUAAAAUUAAUGUAUUAUAAAUACUACGAAAAACUGGACAAUCCUGUUGUAUGAUCACCCUAGUAUAAUAAUUAGGGCUGGGAUUUUGAUGCAAAUGCAUUUUUUUUCUAGUGUUUCAAGAUGUUGCUCCGUAAGUAUAAAAUUUGUUUUGGGUGAUGCUUAUUAAUUUAAAGUAAUUUUUAUUUUGCAUUUUUUUGUCAAAAUUAACCUUAAAUGCAUUUUUAGGGCAGUUUUUGAGAUUUUCUAGGGCAUUAAAAUCCCAGCUCUAAUAAUAAUAACAUACACAUUAUUAAUAUUAUGAUGCAAGCACAUCACAGCACACGUGUUGAUACACUUUAUACAUCAGAAAAUAUAUCAUAAUACUCUUCUGGCAAUUCAUUAUUGUUUAAUCUCGACGACCGAGACAGUUUGCCUGGAAACAUGGGCCGGGAUGAGUUACGUCUAUUUAAGUGCGUUUUCACAGCAUCGUUUGAACCACACCUAAUGUACAGAAUAUUUCUCGAUUACUUAUAGUCCACAGUACCAUAAUGUGUUAUUAUUAUUAUUAUUAUUAUUUAAUUUUAUGACCGAACAAAUCGGUUUGUUCAUCAUUCGAGUUCAAAGUGUGCAGGCAAAACAACAUUAUAUAAUAUUAUAAUUAUUGUUUUCACCAAAUAACAAUAUGGAAUUUGAUAACGGUUCAAAUGGCUUUCAAAUACAAUCCAAUCAAUUAAAUGAAGCGCCUUUGAAGAAAAGAAUCAGAUCGGGUGCCAAUGCUAGAGAACGAGACAGAACUCAAAGUGUUAAUUCAGCAUUUGAUGUACUACGGGCUAUGAUACCCAUUGAUCCUCCAGACCGCAAAUUAUCUAAAAUAGAAACAUUACAGUUAGCCACAAAAUACAUUAGUCAUCUGUCUCAGAUCCUAACUCCCGGCAAUGAUAGUGAACAAGAACACAGUUUCUACGAUGUAUGUAUAUUUUGUUUGACAAAUAAAACUAAUUCUUGAAUAGCAUACAAAAAACAAUCCUUACAGAUUUCACCAAUAUGUAUUUAUUAUUUUAUAAUCUAUAUCAUAUUAUGUAUAUUUAUUUAUAAUUUUUUUUUUAUGUAUAAAUUAUGUGAGUAAUAUAGUUAAAGCUAAGUAUAUUUACAUUUACAUUCAAAUAAAAAAAAAAUAUACUGUAAUUGUCAUAUUAUAUACAUAUAUUAGGUAUGUGCACAAAAAUUUAGAGGAGAAACUAAAAUAAACCAAACACCAAAAAACAAAACAAAAUCAAAUAUUAUCUGUUACUGUAAACGGUCAUGUAACAUUGGGUAAUUAUUUUUAUCUCCAAAAAUAAAUUUAAUUUAAACACUACAAUUUAUCAUUUUAUGUACUAUACCUUUAGAUAAAUUACUUACGUAAUAUUUAUAUGUAUAUGUAUGAUUAAAUUUUAAACUAAUUAAAGUUAACAAGAAAAAUUGUUUUUGCUGCUUUAAAAUAGCACCAUAUUUUUGGUAAUCAUUUCUAUAUUACAUAGUUAUUGAUAAAUAAUAAAUAAAUAUAGUAUAAUUAGAGUAGUAAAUGUACUUUAAUAGUUAUAAGUAAUAUUAUUAAAUACCUAGCAAUAACAUAAUAUUUUUUUAUUACACAAAGGUUAUAAAAUGUUGAUAGAAAUAAAUUAAAUUUAACAGUUCUAAUAAAUUGUAGUCAAUAUUUUUUUUUUCAAAAUUACAAUGAGUUGUGAAUCAUUAACUUUUUUUCACUACAGGUUAUAAUUAAAACAUUAUCAUAUC